AUGGACACAGAGAAAGACAUAGAAGAAAGUCACAGGGAUAGACAUUGGGAAUAGAGAUAGAGAUAAACAUGAGAAGUGGACAUAGGGAAUAUCCAUAGAGAUAGAAGUAGAGAAAAUGCUCUGAAACUCAUUAGAAAGGAUCCAAAUCGAAGGAGGCUCUUGUUGAGCGCUCACAGGCUCAUCUGGUGUUCCAAACUCGUUAAUGUGAAGAAAAACCAACGAUUUAUAAAUGAUUACACCAUUUCUUUCUUCCUCAUCGCUCAUCCGCAUGGCUUAACACAUCGCGGUUCAGAAUAGGAGGUGCAAUAGCCUCGAACUCACAUUGUUGUGAUUGUCCCACAUGGUUUUCAUGGCGAUGCCUCAAUGGGGGACCUGCGCCAAUAGUCAGUUUGAUCAAUGUCACCCAUCAAAACACUUCCUAAAAGCCGCUUCUUGAGCCAGGAACCUAGAGCCGGAUGUGAGGCUCCUCAUGUCCUCGUUCGGAAGAUAGCUGGAUGAUUUUUUUACGGUAUGAGAUGGGGAGGUAUUGUUGUGAUGGUGUGGAUUGUACCGUUCUGUCUAAACGUCAGGAAUAACGGGACCAUAUUAGAUUUUGCGGAAUUGCAGUCAACAAUUCAAACAGAUCUGAUUUUUCUAGAUAAACUAAAUCACAAAAACGACAGUUACAAAUUCGAAGAUUUUUUCUGGACCGGUUCAGGAGAUGGUCCUUACGACAAAGACGAUGAACCAUGGGUGAUAGAACCCCCCACAACAGUGAUCUAUACAAGUACAGCGACGGUAACAACCACCAUUUACACCGCAUCAGGAGAUAACAACGACAAGAAGUCGUCGGCUCCCAAAUGCGUGGAUGACUGUGGAUCUAAAGGGAAAACUCCCACAUCCGAAAAACCCGACGAACCACCCGACUCUGACAACUUGAUAGACGCGGACAAAGAAUUCUGGAUCGUCACAGUCAUCAAGACUGACGGCAAAGACCCAGAGCUCAUCGAUUUGAAAAACAGACUGGUAAAACUAUACAAGAAAGCGUUCCAAAGGCAACAAGAACGCCAUCUUGGCCUGGGCUACAAGAGGAGGAGAAGAAAAGCAGUGGUGGACAAGCCAGUGAAUGUGUACAUCCAUCAAGUUGAUCCGAAGAAUCUUGAUGGAAACAGGGAAAUAGAGGUUUUAUAUCAUGUGGCCGUUUCUGGGAAACCCGUGUCUGCUCUUACGGCAGUUGCAGAUAUGAGUUUGAUUUCCGAUGAGGAAGUGCGACAAGAACUUGGAUUUCCUACGCUCAUCAAAGCUGAACCGUACCUGAAACCGACGAAAGCCCAGAGCCUGAGUAGAGCCAAAAACACGUGGAUAGUGAUUGGAGGGUCCAUCAUCUCCUUCCUGGUUCUUCUCCUCCUCAUAGCAUUCCUCACACUUGGAUGUACCAAACGCAAAAGAUCGCAAGAAGCCGGAAUCGACAAUCGGAGGCAAAUUUUCGAAAGGGCCGUGGAAGAUGUUGACAACAGCAGACCAAAAUCUGAUGGUUUCACCAAGAAACCUGAUGAACACUCGCCCACAUAUAUAAACUUUCAGAAUCAACCCUCGACAGAAAGUUUGAACAGUGGGAUUUCCAGAAAAUCUGCAGCUUAUUUGAGCCCUUCUACUUCGAGCUCCACAAGUUUGGAUAUAUCGCCAUUGAUGACUGUCAAAAAGUCGACUCCGCCGAAGAAACCUCCUCGUCCCAGGGCGGCCUUGAAUAAAACGGUUCCUGUCAAUGUGGUCAAAAUUCCGCAGGACGUCUACGACUCCGACAGCAAUACGAGCCGGAGGAAUUCUGUGGAUACCAUUUUCGUCGAGAAUAACGAUCCUGGAGUGUCUAGUCCUAAAUCGUACCUGUCCAUGCCUUCGAUCAAAUCCUUUCCUAGGAUCAAUAACCCCGAACCGCUCAAUAAGGUGCUAGAACCAGUCAGCAUGCUACAUUUGGAUAUGCCCGAAGAAGCAGAGGUGGAAAUAACGCACAUCCCAUACCCAAAGUUCGCCAGGCAUGGAAGUGUGGGUACCAACGCAGACCCAGGAGUUAUAGGGCCAGUUGUAUGGGACAUCCAUUGUAAGAGAUUACAACACGGUAUGAGCAUGGACGAAGGAAUAGACGACCUCACAAAGACACCGAGAAACAUCACCAGGAUGAGGAAAAGGUUCAACGAAUUACUGGACGAUACGUUCAGUCUUUUCGGGAGCAGAAUUGAUGGUGCAGAUGAAGAGACGAGGAAGAAUAUCGUAGAAGUUAAGAGCAAAUCUGCAAACGUGGAUGUACAACGCGGUGCAGAGAGAUUUUCCCCCUUUUUAAAACCUCGACCGAAGACUUCUGGUCCUGUGAAACCAGAAAAGGCAGCCGUGAAGCCCAGGGGGGCUUGGACAAGCUCUACAACGUCACCCCUGGUCAGACCAGUCAGCGCUGGAAUUGUAGCACCAAAAGUCAACGUGGAACACAUCCAAGCUGAGGGUAAGUUCAGGGAAAGCGACCCGGCUAUACCGCUAAUAGCUGCCAUAAAAACGGAGCUGGAGAAGUGUUCAUUACCAGGAAGUACCACAGAUCUGAAUGACAAGUAAAAGUAACACGGUAUGGAUUGAAUUUGUAGAAUGAUGUAGCUGUAGAAAAUCAUGGAUUGAUUGAGUUUGUUAUCAGAAGGUACAGCAUGUUGACCUGUUAUCGUCGCAUACUGUCUAUUCAAGAGAGUUUUAUAACUGUAGUGCGACUCUUAUUGUUUCUUUGUUGAAAUACAAAAUUCGAACACUAUCUCACAACGAGCGUUCAAGAAAAAUCGUCAAGUGGGCUAAGAGUAGAGGUUAACUCCUGAAAUCAGUGCAGUAUUCAAAAUUUAACUGAACGCCUGUCAGUGUUCAGUGACAAAUCAGUAACCUCCAAUAUUCCAAAGCCUACUGCACGAAGAACUUGUUUGAACGUUCGUUAGAAAUAAACGCCAACAAUAAUUGUUAUCAUUUUUUUUUCCGAAAAUCAAAUGAUUAUAUUCAUCAGUUGUGUUGUUGUAUUUGUAGUAAUUAAUUUUAUUGUAAAUAUUAUUUGUGCAAACAUUACUGUUAAUAUUGUAACGACCAAAAAGACUAAAUAAAGGCUUACUAUACACUGA